AGCCCUAAACCCCAUUUUGAGAACGCGGGAGAGAGCUCCUCUAGGGUUCUAGCGAUGGCGGAUCUCUCCGUCUACGAAUUCAAGGAGGAGGCGGAGGAGCCUCGGCCGCGGCUAAUGCGGAUGAUCCGCGAGACUUCAGUUAGUGGAGGCGAGCGCAAGAGGAAGAAGAAGGCUGACGGUGAUUGGAAUCCUUCACCGGCGAGCGCUCGCAAGAACCGUGCGCCUCCUGCCGGUUCCAGCGUUGGAUCGAGGACGCGAUCGAAGAAAGCUGCGAAUGUUGUGGAGCGGACGGACAAAGGAGUUCUUCCAGUCCUUUCCUACAAGAAUGUAGUGCAGUUGGACGAUCUGGAAGAGGACGGUGCUCCAUCGGUGAGGGAAUUGGACGAGGAUAAAAGAGAAAAAGACUCCUGUUUGUUUUCUAGGAAAUUGGAAGAGGGGAGGAGGGAAAGCGCAAAGGAGGAACUAGAAGAGGAGAAGGGACUGGAAGAGGAUCUAAAGGAGGAGAGAGCAAUAGAGGAACUGAAAGAGGAGAAGCAAAGAGUGAAGGAGCAACCACGGAUUCUUCUGCAAGAGGCACUAAGUAUGAGCAGGUUGCAUUCUCUUGUGUAUCCACAAGAUGAUCCUGAUCCAGUGACGAUAACAAGCAAUGACAUUGACUUGCUUCGACCUUCGGCGUUUCUGAAUGAUACCAUCAUAGACUUUUACAUCAAGCAUUUGCAAAUGACGAUGUCCGACGAUGAGAAGGCGAAGACUUACUUUUUCAACAGCUUUUUCUUUCCGAAGCUCGUAGAUUUGAGUGCGCUCCCUGCUGACGAGGCUCGGGCUGCGUUUGCACGCCUUGAAAAGUGGACAAAGAAGGAAGACAUUUUCCAGAAGGAUUACAUCUUUAUUCCCGUGAGUAGAAGCUUGCACUGGAGCUUACUCGUUAUUUGCUACCUAAGUGACAUGCUUCCAACAGAUAGCGACUUACACACCGUCUCUACGAGGAUUCUUCAUUUUGACUCCCUCACGGGUUUUCAUUCAGACAUCGAACCCUUUGUCAGGAACUACCUCUGGCAGGAAUGGAACAGGAGAAAAACAAGUAAGAAAGAGGAUCGUAAGUAUCAUUUUGAUCAAAUCAAGUUCGUUAGAGUGGAGGUACCCCAGCAAGACAACCUGCACGACUGCGGUCUGUUUCUUUUGCACUACGUCGAGUUGUUCCUCGAGAGAUGCUUCACGUCUAAGAGCAGUUUGUCGCUGAUCACAGCGAACUGGUUUGAUCCUGCCGAGGCGUCGGCAAAACGGUUCCAACUACUGCGGCUGAUUCACGGAAUGCUUACGGCCAAGCUGGAUUCGCAAGGGGAGAGCAAUCCUUCUCCGAUCCACUUGUGGAAGCACGGGAACGAUCUAAACUCCUCGCCAGACGAUGCCGAGGAGCUCGUCAUGUUUCACGGCUCAUCUCCUUGAGAGCGUAGAUUUUUGGUUGCAGGAGAGACUGUGUACAAACCUCUUUGUACAGAAAUUUUUUUGACGACGACAACAAUAAGAGCUUUUCCCUUUUUCUUUACAAAUGCCAAAGAGGAUUAUUUUCCAGACAAGAAGAGAGUGGAGGAAGAAAAAAAAAA